AUGGCCACUGCCACCAUCCAUUACGUCUCUUCUUUUGAUGAAGUUAGUCGGUUUUUUUUUCCAAAUUAAAAAUUGAAAGUUAUACUUCAUUCGAGGCAACCUGAAAACUCUCCGUUCUUUGUUUUCUCUCGAAAAACUUUCCUCUUCAAGUCAUUUUUCCGAAUUUCUUUUUUCGGUAGUGAGAAAAAGAGCGCAGAAUAGCCCGAAUUUUCCAAGUUGUGGCGAAUGAGGUGUAUCUAGAAAUGCAUCGUUCAAAGUUAAUUUAGCAGAUUGGUGAUAGUAUUGAGUAAUUUUAUUACACAUUAGUCGAAGAAAAAAAGAAAUAUUUUUUUAAAUUAAACCGAAAAAUUGAUAUUUCUUCAAUUUAAAUGCGCCAAAAAGUUCUGGUAAUUUUCUGACAAUUGAAAAAAUAUGGCUACUUUAGUUUUUAUUGAAAAGGGCUGCUAAACUUCUUGUUAUUCGAAAAAAUGAUCGAGGAUUGCUGAAUUAUAGAAUAUGAACACAAGAAACUUCAAACGUCCGUAAAAAUCGUGAAUGAUAGUUGGACAAAGCUGUAGUCUGAUUAGAACUUUAGCUAGAGCUACAGAAAAUUAAAAAGCUUCUACUACGCAAUGGGAUCAUUGACAAGUAGGAUCUUUGACAAGCUCAGGUAACGGCGGCCGAAACUUUGGACCGGGCGAUUCGAGCCAAAGACAAGCUGCAGGUCGUCGAAGUUCUGCUGCGAGCCAACAACACUCAGCGACAGAUGGUUUCCCUUUUUCAAGUUUCAAUUAGUCAAAUCCCAGAUCCGUACUCCCUACAAAACGCGCUACGGCAGAGACAUGGCUGAAGCGCUCAAAAAACAAUUUUCCGGCGACUUUGAACACUUUAUCGGUUUUCGGUGCAGAGUUUCAUAUAAUUCACUCUGUUCAGUUUCUUUGAUGCACACGCCCACUAAAUACGAUGUCCUAGAGCUCCAUUCAGCCGUGAAGGUUGGUUGCUCCGUUAUCUUUUUUUCUCUCUUCAUACAUGUUUCUUUCAGGGGUUAGGAACCAAUGAGAACACUCUCAUUGAGAUCUUGACAACGCGUACAAAUGAGGAAAUUGAAGCCAUAAAGUGAGGCGAAUUUUUACCUCUCAAAAAACGCCCCUGAAAAUAUUCUACAAAAAUUUAGCCUCUCCAUCCCCUCGGCAAACUUGGUGACAGAAACAGAAACUUUUCCCUCACAAAAGAAAACCGGCUCACAAAUUUGUACUUUUCCUGAGAUCUCGAAAGCAUGUGCUGUAAUUAAUUUUUAACUUUUAUUUGCUUUAUUUUGAUCUUCUACUUUUUUGUUUUAACCCUAUCGUAUGGAGACUGUCUCACAAUUCUACGCCUUUAUUUCAUCAUUAAAGAGGACAGUGAAAAAGGGAAAUUUCACGUAAAAUGUAUCAGAAAAACCAGGUUGUGGAUUGGUGUAUAUAUUCUAUAUUAUAUAGAAACAGGUUUCACUUUUUCCUUUUCGAGAGUUGAAAACCGCUCGAGCGUUGGGAAGAACAUCGUUACAAAGUGAUUUGACAGUCGAUGAGAUACGUUCUUACUCAGCUAAUCAGUUGAGAAUACUUCCAGUCUGAAUUUUCUGAACUCUGUAUUGGUCUAAAUGGGUGUUAUUUGAGAAAUACCUACUGGACGACGUACGAGAAGAAGCUCGAAGACGUCAUCGUCGGCGACACUUCCGGAGAUUUCAAGAAACUUCUGGUGGUGCUUCUGCAGGCACGACGUGACGAAUCUCACAACGUCAACCACGGCUUCGUCGCUAGCGACGCCACCAACAUGCUCAAGUCCCUCGACAAGAAGUCUGAAGUCGACAAAUUCGAUGCGGUUUCUUCAUUUUUGCUGUUUCUCCAUCCAUUUUCAACUAAAUUCAGUUGCUCAGAUUUGAAAACCAUAGGCAUUCAAUAAAUUAGGAUCGACGAAAAAUCAGAUUUUUUUCAUAAGAGGAAUUUCAGUAAAAGUAUCAACUCGACUGAACAUUAAAAAAUACACGGAUUCCUCGAUUCCUCGACUUAACGUUCAUGUUGAUUUCAGUUCAAAAUUUUGGCGACUGCGAGCCCAACACACGUGGCAGAGGUUCUGAACCAAUUGGAAAGAGGCAGCGGAAAAGAAGCGACGAAACUAGUGGAGAAGGAGUUCAGCGGCGACAUGAAGAAUCUUCUUUUGGUGAGCUUGGAACGGAGACGUUGCCCUAGGAAGUUUCUCAGGCCCUGAUCGAAGUGGCCCGAAACAAGGCCCGUUUCCUCGCGACGCAGUUGCACGGCGCCACCAAGGGGUUCGGCACCAGGGACAAGGAUCUCAUUCGCGUCAUCGUCGGCCGCUCUGAAGUGGACCUCCUCCAAAUUCAGCACGAGUUCCAGACUCUCUACGGAAAGAGUCUUGCCGACGUGCGUUGCUUUUUUAAAUAAUUGGUUCUGUCUUACAGUUUGCGGGUUCAACGUCUGGAUUGUAAUAAAAAACAUUUUUUCUGAGAAAAAAAGAACUCUAAAAUAGUUUCUCGACGAAACAGACGAAGAAAAAAUCUUUGACUAUAUUUUAAACAUAUUUUGAGAGUUUUAACAGUUGAGAAUUUUCGAAAAAUGAAUCAGGACGACAUUCUUUUUUAUGUGCCGACUCAAAAUCCUUGAAGCGUUAACCUGAGCAAUUACCUAGCUUUCAAGGAAAGAACGUUGCAAACCGAAAAAUAAUCAGAAUCCUAAGAAAAAGCUCAGAUUCCAAAUCCAUACGUUCUCCAAAACAGGAAAGCUGUCAAGUUGGAGACCUUUGGAACAACUGUGUAGUAUCUAUAGUAAAUUAGAAAGUAUAUAGUCGGGAACACGGCAUGCGCGAGAGGGCCACAGUGCCUGCAUACGACACACUAUACUUUACGGGAAAAAAAAAUGUGAUUCGCAACCGCGAGGUAAAAUGGCUCAUAUGAAUGAUCAUUGCUAGAUUUUCGUCCUAAUGUACUUAAUGCGUACUUUUUGUUUCAUUUGUUUCGUUUUUUACAAAAACUCUGUUGCAGGUGGUGAAGAAUGAAUGCAAAGGUGAGUAUCGAGAUGGACUUCUGGCCGUGCUCCGAGGUAACGCCGAUCGCCGUUGA